CCGGUAUCAAAUGCCAGUCAACUUCUACCUGGCAACGUCAACUAUCGCGCAGCUAUCAAACGUCGCGAUGCGUAUAUACAAAUUAACAUGCAAAAGUCUAAAGCUGGUUUGAGAACAUAGUAAAAGAAAAUACCCAAGCCGAGUUAGUUUCUUUGCUACCGGCGAACCAAGCACAUAACAUGCUAUUUGUAACAUUUCUACGCGACUGCAACUGAAGGAGGCUCCACGAAAACGACCUUAACCCAGCCGCGCCAGUACGCAUGCUCUAAGGUCUCCAUCGACAACCUCUAUCAAGUUUUAUACGAAUUUCUCCUGGCAUCAGAGAACCUCACCCCUUUCCCAUGCUUUAACCCUGCAUGCUCACCUCCAUAUCGUAUUUGCCUAAAAUUCCGCAAAGAUGAAGUUCUUCAUUGACGACCUCCCGGUUCUCUUUCCGUAUCCACGGAUAUAUCCGGAGCAGUAUGCAUAUAUGUGUGAUCUGAAGAGGACUCUAGAUGCAGGCGGGCAUUGCGUCUUGGAGAUGCCUUCGGGGACCGGAAAGACUGUCUCGCUGCUGUCAUUAAUCGUCGCAUAUCAACAACAUUAUCCCGAACACCGAAAGCUUAUCUACUGUUCUCGUACUAUGUCAGAGAUCGAAAAGGCACUAGCAGAACUCAAGGCAUUGAUGAAAUUUAGGGCUGAUGAACUUGGCCACGUAGAAGACUUUCGAGGGCUAGGCCUGACCAGCCGUAAGAAUCUCUGUCUCCAUCCUUCGGUCAAGAGGGAAAAGAGCGGCACCAUCGUGGAUGCUAGGUGUCGUAGCUUGACUGCUGGCUUCGUCAAGGAAAAGAGAGAGAAAGGCGAGAGCGUUGAGACAUGCGUGUACCAUGACAAUCUGGAUCUCCUGGAACCACACAACCUCGUACCCAACGGCGUUUGGACCCUUGAUGGCCUACUAAGAUAUGGCGAGCAGCACAAGCAGUGCCCUUAUUUUACAUCGAGGCGAAUGAUGCAAUAUUGUAACGUUAUAAUCUACUCGUAUCACUACCUGCUAGACCCCAAGAUAGCAGAACGUGUAUCUAAAGAGCUCUCGAAGGACUGCAUUGUCGUUUUCGAUGAAGCCCACAACAUAGACAACGUCUGUAUCGAAUCUCUGAGUACAGAUAUCACAGAAGAUUCCCUACGAAAGGCCACCAGGGGUGCUCAAAACCUGGAACGUAAAAUCGAGGAGAUGAAGGAGACAGAUCGAGAACAGUUGGAAAACGAAUACCAGAAGCUAGUGGAAGGCCUUCGAGAUGCCGAUGAGGCUCGACAAGAGGAUACUUUUAUGGCCAACCCCGUUCUUCCCGAUGACUUGUUGAAGGAGGCAGUCCCCGGAAACAUCCGGAGGGCUGAACAUUUUACUGCUUUCCUAAAACGAUUUAUCGAAUACCUCAAGACGCGUAUGAAGGUCCGCCAGGUCAUCUCGGAAACACCGCCAUCAUUCCUAGCACAUCUAAAGGAGCACACGUUUAUCGAGAAGAAGCCAUUACGGUUCUGUGCUGAAAGACUAACCUCCCUUGUGAGGACGCUUGAACUAACCAGCAUCGAAGACUAUCAACCGCUACAAGAAGUAGCUACAUUCGCGACUCUUGUUGCCACAUAUGAGAAGGGAUUCUUGCUCAUCCUUGAACCUUUCGAGUCAGAUACUGCAGAAGUGCCAAACCCAGUUCUACAUUUCACGUGCUUGGAUGCGGCAAUCGCUAUUAAGCCCGUGUUCGACAGGUUUAGCUCUGUCAUCAUCACAUCCGGCACUAUCUCACCCUUGGAGAUGUACCCGAAGAUGUUAGGCUUCACUACGGUCGUCCAAGAGUCGUACACUAUGACCCUAGCGAGGAGAUCUUUCUUGCCGAUGAUCGUCACCCGAGGAAGUGACCAAGCAACUAUCUCCACCAGUUUCGCAGUCAGGAAUGAGCCGAGUGUGGUCCGCAAUUACGGUAACCUCUUGACUGAAUUCGCAAGAAUUACUCCAGACGGUAUGGUCGUAUUCUUCCCAUCAUAUUUGUACAUGGAAUCUAUCAUUAGCAUGUGGCAGGGGAUGGGCAUAUUAGACGAGGUCUGGAAGUACAAGCUCAUCUUAGUCGAAACACCGGACGCCCAAGAAACUUCGCUUGCACUUGAAACCUACCGCAUGGCUUGCUGCAAUGGCAGAGGUGCUGUCCUCCUGUGUGUGGCGCGUGGGAAGGUCUCAGAAGGUAUCGAUUUCGACCACCAGUAUGGCCGAACUGUGCUGUGUAUCGGUGUUCCGUUCCAAUACACGGAGUCGCGUAUCCUCAAGGCCAGACUACAGUUCCUUCGAGAAACCUAUCGUAUCCGAGAAAACGACUUCUUAUCUUUCGACGCCAUGCGACACGCCGCACAAUGCCUGGGUCGUGUGCUCCGAGGCAAAGACGACUACGGAAUCAUGGUGCUAGCCGACCGCCGGUUCCAAAAGAAGAGACUCCAACUCCCCAAGUGGAUCAACCAGGCCAUGCAAGAAGUCGACGGGAACCUAAGCACAGAUAUGGCAGUCAUCACAGCGAAGCGCUUCUUGCGAGACAUGGCGCGACCCUUUAAAUCUAAGGACCAAGAAGGGAUCAGCAUGUGGAGUCUCGAGGACCUGAAAGAGCACCAGAAGAAAGUCGACGAGGAGAGGAUUAAGGAGUUGCAAGAGGACAAUGCGGCUAUCGAGGCUAUGCAUAGAGCGCAGGCUUUGCAGGCUAUGCAGAGCUACAAUGAUGACUUCGAUAUGGAUGACGACGAUCUCGACGAGGGCAUGAUGGAACUUGACGCCGCGUGAACGCGAGUGUGCGCGGAUAGGUAGGUAGUCACCAGCCCGAUAUUCUGUAUAACAAUCAAAUCACAUUAGAGCUUGGGGCUCUUCUAGGCGUUGGAAACCAGCAGCCAACACCGCAAGGUUAAAUACCUAAUCUAAUACAAAAUUGUUCAAGGCUUAAGAAGACU